AUGGCUGUCGGAAAGAACAAGCGCCUUUCGAAGGGAAAGAAGGGUCUCAAGAAGAAGACCUUGGAUCCUUUCACCCGCAAGGAUUGGUACCAAGUCAAGGCCCCCUCAUCUUUCCAAAUCAGAGAUGUCGGAAAGACCCUUGUCAACCGAACCACCGGUCUUAAGAACGCAAACGAUGCAUUGAAGGGCAGAAUCUUCGAGGUUUCUUUGGCCGAUCUACAGAAGGAUGAGGACCACGCAUUCCGCAAGGUCAAGCUAAGAGUCGAUGAGGUUCAAGGAAAGAACUGCUUGACCAACUUCCACGGUCUCGACUUCACAUCCGACAAGCUCCGCUCCCUCGUCCGCAAGUGGCAAUCUUUGAUUGAGGCCAACGUCACAGUCAAGACCACCGACGACUACCUCCUCCGCCUCUUCGCUAUCGCCUUCACCAAGCGCCGCCCAAACCAGAUCAAGAAGACCACCUAUGCCGCCUCCUCGCAGAUCAGAGCUAUCCGAAAGAAGAUGACUGAGAUUAUCGUCCGCGAAGCCUCCAGCUGCACCCUCACACAACUCACAGCCAAGCUCAUCCCCGAGGUCAUCGGACGUGAGAUCGAGAAGGCCACCCAAGGCAUCUACCCAUUACAAAAUGUCCACAUCCGCAAAGUCAAGCUCUUGAAGGCACCCAAGUUCGACCUUGGCGCUCUUCUCAACCUCCACGGCGAAUCAAACACAGACGAGUCGGGCCAGAAGGUCGAGCGGGAGUUCAAGGAGAAGGUUUUGGACGAGGUGUAA